CAUACUACACAAUCGAAGCAAAAGCAUCGAAAUCUGUUUUCAAAUUUGGCAUCAAAGUCCGGCAGUGUUGUUACAGUUGUGUUUCUAUUGUUUUAUGAGCGAAUGCAGUAUGAUUUAUGCGGUCGUGGAUAUCCAAGAAAUCUUCUAUUGUACAUGAGGUCGUGUGAGAUGUGUCGGGCGUUACUGUUUCGCCGUGACGGCAACAAGGCCCGGGCUUUUUAUAAGCUGGCGAAAAGGGUAACUCCAACGAUUGUUACCACGGACAAGAAUCGCCCAAAUACGGUGCUGGCAGAAGACACCCCGAGCAACGCGCCUUCGUCGGUGAGCAUUGCGGCGACCGUCUCUUUCGCUUGGUCGUUCCACUUUUGAUCACUUCCUUCCACGUAAGAGUUGUGUGAGAAAACCUUUCCGGUGCCGGGCUUGCCGGGUCCGUAGUAGCUUCCGUUGGUCCGUGAACCGGAAAUCCACAUCGCCUUGGACCCCUUGGAACCAUAGUAGGAACCCGACUUGGAACCGGACUUGGAGCCGGACUUGGAGCCGGACUUGGAACCGGACUUGGAACCAGCCUUGGAACCACCCUUAGUACCGUAGUAGUUGCCGCCACCGUAGUAGUUGCCACMACCCUUGCCACCAGACUUGCUACCAGACUUGCUACCAGACUUGCUUCCGGACUUGCUGCCAUCCUUGCUGCCAUCCUUGCUCUUCGAUCCCUUGAAUCCCUUGAAUCCCUUGGAGCCCUUGGAGCCCUUCGAUCCAAAAAUUCCUCCGAAUCCCUUGCUGCCGUCCUUGGACUUUCCUACGGGUGCCGGCGAAGGGCGGGGAGUCGGUCUUCUCGUGGGGCUGCGGGUCGGAGGGGGAGUCGCUGCUUGGGCCACGGGCGCCGGUGUGGGACGCGGAGUGGGACGCGGAGUGGGACGCGGAGUGGGGUUCGGGGUGGGGUUUCGGGUUGGGCUCUCGGAGGGGGAUGUUGUGGGAGCCUGGGUCGGCGACGCCGUAGGAGGACACUGGAGGUUGUCUCGGUCCACCCCGUUCUGGCCACCGUCCUGGCCAAUCAGGCUGAUCUGGUUUUGCAGCAGCGGACCACAUCGUUCGUUGAAGCAAUCGUUGUAGUAAACAACACACCAUUCGUCCCACUUUUGACCGCAAAAGCUGUCGCGUUCGAUGAGGAGCGCAAUGGCAGGGUCGCAAUCUGGGUCUGAGAUGGGACCAUCGAGCACCAUGCAAGGAUCUUGAUCCGCGGGACAGUCUUCUCUUUCCAGGAGCACUUGCUCUGAAAAUUGAGCGGUUACCGUAGCAGCGCCGAAGAGGGCAACCACUAGAAGACUUCGGAGUGCUUUGUUAUUCUUAUUCAUUUUUGUUUCCGUUUGAUUGUCUACCGAUUUGAUUUUGUGACAAUCACCGUAGAGAACCCUUUUCACUCGUUUGAUCCACUGUCGUCGAAACUGACACUGAAACCGAAACCGAAACGUCGCUGUUUUGGGAUCUAGACGAGAGGUCCCGGUACGCUCAGGCCAACAUUCCUAGUACUCGUGCCGUACUAUUCACGUGAAUUUGUUCGCACGAUUUGUUGCAUCCGGAAGGGCGGGCAUUCUGUCUCACCAAAAACCUCAAACGCCAAAAAGAUUGAGUGUUGCGGUCAAACUCGGCGAACUUGCUUUGAAAUGCGACUUAAAAUUAGUGAUUCAAUCCCUUGGGAAAUCCCUUCAAAUCCCUUCAAACGACUCCCUUGUUCAAAAGCAUCAACGAUUAAAAACACGUCGGCCAGAACGGACAAACUAGUCUUAUUACAUCGAUCGUGGAAUCUAGUCACUAUCGGAGUUGAAAAUUCUGAGGAUGUGAGUACGAGUACGUACCUGCCACAUACAUGGAUACGGGAACUACCAGUACUGCAGCACCCUCGCCAGAGCACGCACCCAUAAUUGUAUCCUAUUGGUUUUUACGUAUAAUAGAUGAAGUGUGGUUUCUUGGCGGUCACGCGCGAGCGCAGCACGAGGGGAGAUAUUUUUCAAACGACUUAUACUCCGAGGUCAUCUCACAUGGAACUCACAUGAAAUGGCAACAAUUUUUUCCAAUCGUGCCCAAAUUUUCAUUUUUCCGUACGACUGGUGGGCCGUUGCAUGGAUCGCGACGUGGAUGCGACUGGUAGGUAGUAUACUGUACCCACAGAGCAUACUGGUACUGUUCUAGAACCCUGUUGCAUUGCAUGGGACAUAGGAUGCUGCCUUAAAGAGCUCCUCACCAACAAAUUUGUUGUGAGUAUUGGAAAUCCUUGUUCCUGUGGUGCUUCUUGUCCCUGUGCUUGUCCCUGGUGGUGUGCUUGUCCUUGUUGGUGGUGUGCUUGCUUGUUGUCCUGUCCUUGUGCUUGUCCUUGUGCUCAUCGUCACCACCAGUACUAGUACUAAUACUUCUUGUUCUGCUACUACAAGGAUUAAAUUUGAGGGAUAACAAUUCAGUAUAUCGUCACAAAAAGUGUUCGCAACCAGUAGCAACCGCUCGCGACCUUUUUUUUAAAAAUACGCACCCCUUUUUUUCUCGUGUCCACCAAACCUCCCGUAUGUCAUGGUUUUGGUCGCAUUUAAACCUAUAUGUAGUUGUGAGGGCUGCAUUGGGUUGUUAUGGAAAACCAGUGCUACUUCCGUGUUAAUGUAAAAGCAGUAACCCUGAGUCCCACCACUGUCAGUUUCACGUUGUUGAACACAAAAUUGUUCACGAUUAAAAAGAAAUGUUUCCCUCGACCACGCUGACCGUGCCAUUUGCUUCUCUUUACUGCAGUAUUGCUUCUCAAAGAAACCGUACCUUUCAUCAUGAUUACAUUUCAACUGACUGUGGGUGGAAACCAUUCACAUAUUCACUAUUUGAAUUCUAACUUGGAUGCCCCUCCGUUUGCACUGUUGCCAAAUCAAUUGAACCAUCUGGUAGUAGUUUAAUCAGUUUGUGGGCAAAUUCUUGGCAUCCAGGCAUUUUUGUUUGACCAGCACUAUCCCAAUGCUGUGUCAUACAUCUUUGUAGUAUAUCUGCUGAAGAAAAAGCCUUUUCAAAUGCAUAAUCCAAAAUGACAUCCUUGUUCAUCCACAACUUCCAGAUCCCCUUCCUGGUCUUGUAGUAGACCACUGGUGAGGAGCACGUGGAUUCUGUAUGUAUUUAAUUGUUUAGUCAAAAUAGUCAUUACACGCAAAAAUAAGGGCCCAAAAUCUUUAACUGGAUUGUAGAUUUGCUAGCCAACUCUAUACGAUCAUAAUAAUUAAUGGAUCCUACAAUAUGCAGUGUGUUAUAGUAGUUGGGGUGCAUGGAUGAUACAGAAGAACUGGAAGAGUGACAGGUCCUUACUAGUACGACUACACUGGAGGUUGAUUUAGUGGUGCUGCUGACACUGCCAGCAACAAGAAGACGUCAAGUUUUUUAGAAAAUUUGGUGCAGAGAGAAAUCAACAAGCUGGAAGAGGUUCCUUCCUGGCAAAAAUCCCAGCAAUGUACACAUCUCUGGAUAGAGGAAGAAAAACCCUUUCUGACUAAAAGAUUCUCUAAUGUUUAUUGGUCCUUUGUUAGCAAAUAGAAAGGAUGCGCGAGACAGCUCCAGUUAUCGAGAAGCGUUUUCAUUGUACUUAUAACCUGUUAUAAUUCGAUAGCACUAUUUCCGACAGAAAGACGUACUCGAAUACAGCACUGUACGUAAGUAGUACGUACACAGAUGAUCAAUUUUCUUUGAUUUUGAUGGCAACAGAAGUGGUUGGCGAAAAAAGAAAUCUCUCAGUUCGUACGAGUACGUACGUACGUUCGGAUAAUCCGGUGAUGGACAAAACAAGACGAGUACGAGUACGCUCGUACUCGUACUCGUACUACUAUUUCGUAUUUCUGGUGUUCCUUUUUCUAUUCAUACCGCAACAGCUACUCGAACGCUCAAUAGCGAUCAGUGAUCCGCGAACAGCGAUCUCUGGCAUUACAGUGAUCGAAGAAGAUAUAAGAGUACUUAACACAAUACUUUUACCAGAUGAAACCUUGGCAUUGAUACGUAUAAAGUGCCCACCAAUUAUCAUUUCCAACGUUCAACGCGCCGCAAAAAAUGUCUCAAGAAUCCAACCGCCAUCUUCAUUCAACAUGGCUCACCACCACUGCGCUCGUUUUCGCGAAGUUAUUCCUCGUUUCCAACUCUUGUUCGGCCUGGAUCACAACGCCUGCACCGUCAUCAAAGAUAUCUCGCGAUGGUUUGGAUUUUGCAGUACCAACUGCACGAACGAAUGGUGACAGAAUAGUUUCAGGACUAUACACGCAAAAUUCUGGGUCUAUGUUUGAUCAACGAAUAUUGAGAGCGGUGGAAAGUGGAAUGACAACACGAACAACAACAAGAGCGUCACUACGCACCAAACUGUUCGCUGCUGCUUCCGCAGAUGGCCCUUUCUCUACAUCUACGUCGUCAUCUACAUCUACGUCUUCAACGGCUGCGCCAGUUUUGACCGUUGAAGGUCUUAGCUGCACUCACAAUGGCGGAGAAACAUGGCAGCUGAAAGAAGUCAAUUAUAAUCUCCAACGAGGUGCAAAAGCGGCUUUGAUUGGUCGUAACGGCACCGGAAAAUCCACUUUUUUGAAAAUUCUCCACGAGUCCUAUUUGAUUAGCAAUGGUGUGGGGUCGUCUUAUUCUUCCUCGACCGACUACAAAUAUACCGGUAACGUACAAGUUCCCAAAACGAUAAGAAUAUCGAUGGUGGAACAGGAGCCACCAUUGCCCGCCGAUGUAACGGUCGGUGACGCUAUUCUAGGGAUUACCGAAGCUACUACUACCAUCGGGAAGGGGGAGUCUCCCAAAAAUAGGAUGGAUAUCGUCCGACGCUAUCGGAUUGUUUCCCGACAGGCUGAAACCGACACCAAUUUUGAUCCAGACCUCUUCGUGAAGGCAAGCGCUGAUAUGGACUUUCUGGGAGGCUGGGACACACUCACCAAGGCGGAAGAAAUUGCGACAAAACUCAAAAUACACCAUUUGCAAGACCAACCAUUAUCGCUCCUGUCAGGAGGGGAACGGAAGCGGGUCGCUCUCUGUGCGGCACUGAUCGAAGAACCUGAUGUUUUGCUCCUAGACGAGCCGACAAACUUCCUGUCUUUGGCAGGCGUGGAAUGGCUGGCAGACCUGUUGACGGAUAAAAACAGCAAUCCCAAGCUCACUAUACUUAUGGUAACUCACGACCGUGCCUUUCUGGAGCAGGUGUGUGAUCAAAUUGUGGAGCUGGACCGUGGAUCGCUUUAUGAGCAUCCGGGUUCAUACUCGGCAUACCUUGAGGGAAAACAAGAACGAUUAGCUGCCGAGGAUGCCGCCAUUGCAAAUGCCAGAAACAAAUAUAAAAGGGAACUCGAAUGGAUGAGAAAGCAGCCGAAAGCACGAGAGAGCAAGGGCAAAGCUCGCAUUGAUGCCUUCUACAAACUAGAAAAGUCUACCAAGCCACGACCGCGGGAUCCAAACCUGGAUCUGGUAGACAUCAGCAGUGGGGAUACGCGACGAAUAGGGACCAAAACUGUUUCCAUGAAAGGAGUGACUCUCACAUUUCCAGUUAACAAUGACGACGACAAACAGGCGGGGGAAUACAAUGUUAUGCUGGACGAUUUCAGUUACGAUUUUUGCAACGGAGAUCGCAUUUGGUACGUGUAUGUUAUCAAGUUCUCGUCUUUUUUGUACCAUUACUGUUUCUUUCCAUUGCUUGUAGUACUGAUGAGAAAAUCUCACAAUACAACCAAUAUUUUCCAUUUAAAUCUCACAAUACAACCAAUAUUUUCCAUUUGAAACACUUCUGUGACCCUUCUCAGCCUUGCCGGUGCUAACGGUGGUACGUAAUUCCUAGAUUUUGCAUUAUGCUAUCUUAUUGCACCUUCUUCUGACUUGAGAAUAGAGCGUGCAAUACUUUGAACGAUAGAUGAUCCAACAAUAAAAAUUUCUUCUCUUUGUUUCCUUUUCCAUCAUUGUUGCAUGGCGUCAUCCGUUUUUUUAUCAAAGUUGGUAAGACAACAUUCACAAAACUUUUGACCGGUGAAUUGUAUCCCAACAAGGGAGAAGUCGAAAUUGGAGAAACUGUAGUUCUUGGGGUCUAUGAUCAAUUGGGCCUUAAAUUUGACGAAAUUGCUGAAAAGCAAACCGUCCUUGAGUUCGUUGUUGACAAAAUCCAAAGCAAUGAUUCGACAUCUCAUGGGGAAACACCGAGUCAAGCAAGAAAGUUGUUGAAACAGUUUGAGUUUUCACGUGAACGGUGGCAAGAAAGAAUAUCUGUUUUAUCGGGAGGAGAGCGACGGAGACUGCAGAUACUUUCUGUGCUGAGUGUGGUAAGUACACGUAUUCAAUACAGUGGGCCUUUUUUAACUCCUCGCGAGAGGUGAUUCGAUCGAGUUCUAUUUGCCGAUUGACAGAAACCUUGAUAGAGAUAUUCGCACUCAUCGUGCUGAAUGCUACAUGUUUCCUUUGACAUUUAGAAACCAAACUUCUUAAUCCUGGAUGAACGUAAGUAAUGGCAAAAUGCCUUUGCAAUCGGAUGAAAUAUUUACACUCCGUUGCUUUCAAUGACUCACAACGCAAUGUGCACAAUUCGAUAGCAAGCGUGGACUGCGAUCUCGACACUCUGUCAGCGUUGGAAAACUACCUAGAACAAUUCAAAGGAGUGCUUCUUGUCAUCAGCCAUGACCGUGCCUUCGCCGAUAAAGUAACUGAUCAUUUGUUUGUUUUUGAGGGUGAAGGUGUCGUCAAGGACUUUCAGGGCAGUCUUACCGAGUAUGGAUCCUGUCUUGUCGAGUUGGAGAAUCGAAAAAUCAAAAACUCUGUCGCUGGCGGAUCGGAUCAAAGCGACACAUCAACUGAUUCAAAACAGACGAACUACAAAGAAGAUCGUGCUAAGCGCAACGAACUGAGAAAUUUCGUCCGUCAAACAAAAAAGGAAAUGAGCAACCUCGAGCGGUCUUUGGAGAAGCUUAAGCCCAAGGCAACGAGUGUACAGUCAGAGAUUGAUGGUACCAGUAGCGAUGCAGGUUGGACAGUUUUGGCAGAACUUACUGACAAACUGAAUGCUAUCAAUGAUGAAAUUGAAGAAAAAGAACUCAGAUGGCUUGAACUAGGCGAGGAGCUGGAAGGAUUGGAGUUCAAGGACUAAUUUGCAAGUUUGCUAGCAAAAAUUGCGACCAAAAACUAAAAGCAAAACACCACAAUUGUCAUUGCGAUAGUCUUUAUUGCUGCCAGGUCAUAUUGUAUUCUUCAAUAGUAUCUUGUACAGAUGAAUUCCAUGUGACUACUCGUAGCAGGUACCCUCAGCCUCAAGAAUAUCAAGUACUACUCUAUUGCCCUGAUGUAAGCACACACAAUUCACCACUGCCGGAAAUAUUUUCUUCCGUACAACAAAAAUGCUAGAUUUUCCUCAUGAUCAUCAUUGAGUACUUUACAGGAACAUAAAAUGCUUCCACACAC